AUGAUGAGUGCCCUUUGGGUAGGAGUCGUCAUCAGUUUGGGGACUUCGAGCAUAAGCAACAAUGCCUCGCCUGUUUCUAUAGGCCUAAUUCAUCCAUAUACUGACACAGUCGUAGGACUUUCAACCACGAAAGGAAGCGAAGUGUGUGAUGUCACGCCUUCCACUGAUGUCAGCGAGAUUUCUUGGCAAAUUACCUCGCAGCAAAUGCUUUUCCAGAUUCAAAGGCUUCCCGAACACCGCGGAAAGAGAAGUAGUCCACUCUGGGCGUUUGCGCAGCCAGAAGAACGUACUGUCAUUUUGGCAGGAAGGAACUGUGAUUGGACUGUUUCUUCUGGGAAAACUGUACCUCUCACUAAUGACAUCACACUGCCAGCACAUGCUGAUUGCUGGCAAAAUGUCGUCGUUGUUCAGUGCCACGGUUCUGUGUCUUUGUCUUGUCGUCCUGUGCGUUGGGAACAACAAAGCCUGGGCGGCUAUGGAGGUCGCCAUCGAUCCCAGCCUAUUAAUCAAACAACGAACGGGAGACUUCACAGCAGAGCAGCAGGUGGCUCGCAAUCGGACAAAAAAGGCGUAAGGUCGACGGUCGCGCUAAACCUAGAGGAAGGCAGAAAUAUGACUGGAAUCAGUGACAUCCUCGAAAGAAUGAUUGGAAAUUCCCAGUGCUGGUCACUCCUCCUCGACCUGACGAACGAUGCGGACAUCGUCUUGCGGUUCGUGGGUAAAUCCAACUUGUACUUCUGGCCAACAGUUCGAGUCUUCGUUGUCGGUUCGAAAGGAAACAUGAAUGUCUUUUUAAGAAACGCAUCCCUGAGGAACGCUCUCCGAACGUAUUAUCUCUCAUUAGAUGAGAGAACCAUUACUGCUAUUCGCAGUUUGUCUUACGGACCUAGAUCUAACAACUCUACACCAGUCUCGGAUUUUGCCACGAAAUUAGCUCGAAACAGAGUUAACUUCAGUGAUGGUGUUGUAGAAGGAAGAGCAGAAAUCUACUUCCGCUGCAUAUAUUGUGAGAAAGGCAAUCCCGGUGUUAGGAAGCUUCUUCAAUGGAAUCUCGCGGAAACAUUGAGUCCUGUUCCAGACUUUCCCGAUGAGACCAUCAAUUUCAACGGCCAUCAGUUCAAUAUUGUCUGCAAGAAAAGAAUUCCUCUGACCGACGUCGACAAAAAUUGGGGAGGACCAGCGGGCACAGUGGGACCUCUCGACUCCCUCGACGUCCGCAUCAAUAACGCCGUUUCCAGAAAGCUGAAUUUCACGUACCUCCUCCGGGAGCCGUGGGACGACGAAUGGGGGUUGCUGGGGCCCGGGGGUAACUUCAGCGGCAUCGUGGGCACCCUGCAGUACGAAAAGGCGGACUUUUCCUUCAUGCUGACGGCGACGCCCGGGAGAAGCAGGGUGAUGGACUACUCCCGGGUGUAUGCGGGCGAUCCUUUCGUCAUUGUCUCCUUGAAGCCUCAGGCCUUGCCUCGUUACUUAGCCAUCGUGAGGCCGUUCACAAGUAAGAGAUUUACUUUGCUCUCCGGAAAUCGUUUCCAUCAUCUGUCUCGUCCUAUAGUCUGGGUAUGGAACAGCGUCCUCAUCUCCUGUCUGUUCACUGGAGUCGUCCUGUGGCUGAUCGAGAAGAUACGCUGGUCCUUCUCCGGAGCAAAGGCGAUGUCCCUCUCUAAUUCUCUGCUCUACACUGUCAGGAUGGUUCUUAUCAACCCGCCCGAGAUUCUUCCAACGCACUUGGCCAGUCAGGUAAGGUUGACAACGACGAUAUGGAAAAAUACGAUUGAAUUAUUCAAUCAAAACAAAAUUUGCUUGACGCAUUAUCGACUAAUACUUAAAAGUGUUAAUAUCCCAUACGAAAUGAUUCAGGUUAUCCUUCUGAUCCUUUUCUUUUUCCAGUUCCUAUUCGGAAUCUGGUCGGUGGCAAGUUUGGUGAUUGUCAUUGGGUACCAGUCGGCACUCAUUGCUCACUUGACGGUGGUGGUCAGGUCGUCAGCUAUAAACACUUUCGAUGAUCUUUACAAAAGGGAAGGGCAGAAGUGGGGAUGGAUCGAGUACAGUGGAACAGCCAUCGCGUAUGUAUCCGAAAAUCCUGACCCCAUCGUUCAGGAGAUUUACAAAAAACUGGAGAUUCACCCCCUGGGAGCGCAAAUGGACUUGAUACUGGCAGGGCAUUACUCACACGUAACACGUAAGACCAUCGUGUGGGUGGACUUUCUGAAAGCCGAACGUCGAGGACUACCAGUAUACAUGAGUACCACAGAAUACCCAGUCUUCGGGGGAUACGGAUGGGGUUUCCGAAAAGGCGCCCCAUUUCGAGAUGCCAUUGACAAAAUGAAACAGCGACUGAUAGAGGCAGGCCUCAUUGAUCGCUGGUUGAAUGAAGUCAUUAAAGUUCAGGUGGAGGUGUCGGAGAGAAAGGAAUUCAACGGAACUCUGAUAACAAGACAGGCUAAUGAGAAGGAACAACGCGCCCUAAGUUUGGAGAAUCUGCAGGGGUCCUUCUAUCUCCUGAUUAUUGGAUACUGGAUCGCGGUGCUGGUGCUUCUGCUGGAAAUCACCCGCCGCUAUUACACCCGUUAAACCUCCAGUGU